AUGGCAUCCAAUUUCGAUGACCUCCGUCAAUCUCUUCCUGGUACAGAGAUAUACGUCCCUGGCGAACUUGGCUACGAGGAGAGCUUGAAAAAGGAAUCCAAAGGAAUGAAAGCUUUAUCUGUUGAGAAUAAGCUGCAGGAUAAGGUUCUUCCCGAUGAGCCGAUGCCACCUCGACUCUUUGCCUACAAUGAGAAUCCCAUCGGCAUUCGGUAUUCGAACUCCGAUCUGCGCCAUCGAACAAAGAAAUGUCCUUUUGCUCUCAUGGCCGGCCAGACCACCGACACGGACACGGUCCCGAAGACCGAAACAGCUUCAUGGUAA